GACAAAGGAUAGUUUCUCACUAGAAAGAAGUUGAAGUGGAUUGUAUAUAACAAGAAUGCUGGAGGCAAAAAGAGCAAAAAAGCAUCAAAAAACCUCUCAGAGUUCCUGCACCGCCCUAGCCUGCUUUCAUGGAAGAGAAGGGACUCUCCUUCGCAAAAUCUCAAAGAGAACCUUCUUGCAUCAACUAUGGUGAAAUUGAAAUAAACACCAACAAUGUAGAAGUUGUAACAAGACCCUGGUCUAAUCUGCCACCACACCUUCUAUCACUAAUUGCUGAUCGAUUAGGCAUAAUCGAGCUUCUGAGUUUCCGUGGUGUCUGUAAGGCUUGGCAAGCUGCUUCUUCUGCGGCUUCAGCGAAGAUCGAAACCACAUCCAAUCCUGAACCUUGGCUUCUAUUCUAUGGGGAAGAAGGUUCAGAAUGCCAUUUGUACAACACAUCCCAAAGAAGGUACACGAUGAGCAUCCCAGAAUUGGAAGAAGCAACUUGCCUUGCAUCAAACCAAGGAUGGCUACUUAUAUUUAAAGAAGGCACGAUGUUCUUUUGUUGCCCCUUCUCUCAUGCAAAAAUAGAUCUUCCCAAGUUCCCCCUUACGUAUCUUUCUGGACAUGUUUCAGCCUUUUCAUCUCCUCCCACUAGUUCUGAAUGCACUGUUGCUGCCAUGCAUCGUGAUCAUAAAUCUGGAUUGGAGCUAUAUGUGCUUUACCGUGGGGCUGAUACAUGGACUAGGAUAAAACUUGACAGCAUCCAAUAUAAGUUGAGUGCACUUCGAAUGGCCACUUACAAAGAUGAAGAAUUCCACUUCUUCGACAAAAAAAAAGGUGUAGUUACCUUCUCUGUCAAAGACAAAAGCUGUGAAAGGUACACUAUCGUCCCGGAAGAUAAUUCUACUACCGGGAAACGCUUACCAACAGUUGUUUGUAAGUAUAAUCAUUUUGAGAGAAGUGACAUGAAGAAAAAAUUGGGACUGGGGGAAGAUGUUUCCAUUUCUAUUUGUGGAACAUUAGUACGGAAUGAUGGCAUUGACAUUAUUGUUUUUAGUGAGGACAUUGAGGCUGAUGAAGAACCCGACUAUCACCUCACAGGGGUAUGGAUCCAACCAAGAUUCUUUCAAGUGUCUUCAAAUCAGAGCUGGUCACUUUGAGGGCUUCAUUUCUUCUUGCUCAUUGCUACUAUGUUCCUUAGUUCACUGAUAAGAUGACUUUGUAGUUACAUAAUCUGUUAACAUUCAAUUGGUUCUUACGUUGGUAAACUCAGUAGAAAUUUUGUUUUCAUUGCCAACAAGUAGUCCAUAUGUCUUGUUCUUUCCUGAUAUGCGAUUGUGUUAGCAUUUCUUCUUUUCUAAUUUAGAGACUCAAUAGUUUUU